AUGACCGCUGAGCCAGGGACGUUUCCGGAGAUUCCGUUCACGCCAAAACUCAUCCCUCCUCUGAAUCAGCUGGACCUCCUGAGGAAUCUGAAAGGCAAGACGUUCAGUCGAAAGGCCAGCUUGAAGGAGAAGGUGUUCUCCAGCCCGACCAAGACCCCCCCAGGCAAGGCCGGAGCCCCGUCCCCGGGGGCGGAGGACGGGGCGGAGGCCAGCCCCAGCAAGGUCGGGAAGAGCUGGAGCUUCGCCGACAAGAACCGCGCGCCCAAGCACUCGUUCCGCGUGCGAGGCAGCGCCUCCCGCCAGAACUCAGAGGCAAUUGAAGGUUUAAUAAGUAAGACAUUGGCGUACUUCUUUGGCUUCUAUCGAAAGUGUCCUUGUCUUUAUUCCCUAGAGGCCAGUUUUCCCGGAGAGGAAAUGGGUGACGAUAAGAAUUGCGACUGUGAUUUUUACCAAGAACUAUCGCCGGGCUUAAAGGUCACCAUCAGAGCUAUCUGCAUCAUGAAGUUCCAGGUCGCCAAGAGGAGGUUCAAGGAGAGCCUGCGUCCCUACGACGUCAUGGACGUCAUCGAGCAGUACUCCGCAGGACACCUGGACAUGCUGUGUCGCAUCAAGAACCUCCAGUGCAGGAUAGACUUGAUUGUGGGGCCGCCUGCCCCAUCUACACCUCGACAUAAGAAGUCCGCAGACGGCCCUAGAGUGGACCAGAUAGUGGGCAAGAGCAUGAAGGACGGAGACACCACCGAGGACGGCAGCAUGAUGGGGCGCCUGGGGAGGGUGGAGAAACAGGUGUGCUGCAUGGACCGCAAACUGGACUUCCUGGUGCACGCGUACGUGCAGCGCAUGGGCAUCCCCCGCUCAGAGACGGAGGCCUUCUUCAGCUCCAAGGAGCCCUACCCAGCGCCCCCCUACCACAGCCCCGAGCAGCAGAAGGCGGAGGAGGAGGAGGAAGAGGAGGUGAGGGCUGAAAAGGAGCUGAAGGUCUACUCGGCGGUGGAGGUGAUGUGCUCGGAGGGCUCGGUGGAGCGGAGGGACACGCCGCUGGGGGGCCAGUCCGCCAACGGCUCCCUGGGGACCCCCUCCAUCAGCCACCGGCCCACCACCUCCUGGCAGCACCAGCUGCAGCACCCGCUGGCCCAGCCCGCCUGGGGCAGCAGCAUGGCCAACACCCCCUCGCCCGUAGGGGGCAGCGGGGAGCAGUCCCCCACGCUGUACCGCCUGCCGCCUCCGCCCGCCUCAACCCACGACCGCUCCGUCUCCAGCGCCCACACGAGCGGGCGUGACAGCGGCUCCCAGAGCAGGAGGCGCCACCGGCGGCCCCGGGGCCCGCAGGAGCAGCCGGCGGCGGUGGCGGAGAGCGACACCUCGGUGUCCAUCCCCUCCGUGGACCACGAGGAGCUGGAGCGCUCCUUCAGCGGCUUCAGCAUCUCCCAGGCCAAGGAGGACUUCUUCGGGCCAUCCUUCUACGCCAGCCCCGGCGGCGGCGGCGGGCGAGGGCGAGGCCGAGGACGGGACGCCGGGGGGGCGACGCGAUGCGCCAAGGUCCGGCCCUUCCUGGCAGAGGGCGAGUCGGACACGGACUCUGAACUGUACGCCCCCUCGCCGCAGGCGUACACCCCAGACGGGGCCUACCUGGAGAGGGGCUGGCCUGGACACCACUAG